AUGUCAACCAAAGCCGAGAUCCAAUACCAGAUAACCUGUCUCGGAUACGAAAAGGAGAGGCUGGAAAGCGAAACCAAGGCUGCCAACGAUUAUACACAGCACAUAACGCAGAAGAAGUUGGAGCAGCAGGCAAUAGUUUAUGGGGCCUACGACCAAGCCACAAAGGACGCGGCCGAGAAGGAAUAUGACUAUUAUUGUGGAAUUUUGCUUGAUCUCCUUGAUAAAGCAUCAGAGCGACUAGAUAGAAUGCAGGAGCUGAGGGAUAGAGAGAGAACGCUAUCUAUGCAGUUACGGUUAGCACGAUAG